ACAACACCUCCAUGUGCUCUCGCAAUGGGAAAUCUAUGAGUGCUUUGGACUCAUUUUGGGAACUUUGAGUAGAAAAUAAUUUGAUACAUCAGCGCCAUCUUUACAAGGUGCACUGUGGGUAAAAAGUUGCAGCGUUUCAUUUUCGGGGAUGCCUGGAGCCGACGACCAGAUGGUACAAUUUCGGAUGACUCAAGAAGUUCACACAAAAGACCAUUAAAGAGAGGACCUUUCACAUGCACGGGACCACGGGUCACUGAAGCCUCUCGUUGUCACCUCUCUGAAAUUAAACUAUUUUUGGACACAACACAUAAACAGUUUUCUCUAGGAGAUUUGCUUCACAGACAGAUUGGAUGCAUUUGUCACCAGAUACCAUGAAUAUGGGAGAUGAUGGCUGUCUCUCAACGGACAACUACCACAAUCUGGGUAAAGGCGGAUCUGGAAUGGGCGGCCGGGUCCACAGUAUUGAUGUAAUUCUGGGCUUCAGUAAGGACCAGGAGUCUCUGCUCGAUCCAGUGGCGUCUGUCGGUGCGCACAAAGUGGACGGAGCCGAGCUGGGGGAACAAGAGAAACAAGUGACCUCUGACCCCUACAGUCACCUGCAGAGUCUCCCUGACAACACAGUCUAUCACGAUACAGGAUUUUUCUCCACGGACAAGUGUGAUGGAGAUUUAGGAGAUCCACAGAGCUCUGUGAAGAGUGACAGCCGUUCACCGGACCCCCCUGAUGAGGAUCAACCUAAAAAGAAACACAGACGCAACAGAACCACAUUCACCACAUAUCAGCUUCACGAGCUUGAACGUGCCUUUGAGAAAUCCCAUUACCCCGAUGUGUACAGUCGAGAAGAACUGGCCAUGAAAGUCAAUCUUCCAGAAGUUCGAGUUCAGGUGUGGUUCCAGAACAGACGUGCAAAAUGGAGGCGACAGGAGAAAAUGGACACCAGCACCAUGAAGAUUCACGACUCGGCAAUGUUGUCCUUUAAUCGGCCACCCAUGCCCUCGAACAUGGGGCCUGUGAGUAAUUCCCUUCCCCUGGACCCUUGGCUGUCUUCCCCGCUGUCCAGCGCCAGCCCCAUGCACAGCAUCCCGGGCUUCAUGGGGCCAGGCCAAAGCCUCCAGCCUGCUUAUCCCAGUCACCCCGGGUUCCUGAACACCUCCCCGGGCAUGGUUCAGGGAAUGCAGCCCAUGCCACCUCCUCCUUACCAGUGCCCGCAUGCAUUUCAUGACAAGUACCCGCUGGACGACGUGGACCGCAGCUCCAGCAUUGCGGCUUUGAGGAUGAAAGCGAAAGAGCACAUUCAGUCCAUGGACAAAACCUGGCACCCCAUGUAAAUGGGAAAAUGGCGAACACUACGGUGCUUUUUAGGGAUCUCAUAUAGGCAUGUGAACGGACGAAAAUAGUUUUUUGAUAAGGGUUCAGCCAAAUGCCAUAGAGACGAUACCUGGCAGCACACAGUGAAAGGUUGAGUCUGUUUUAACUUGAAAUGCAUGUGGAUAAGAAAAAAGGCCUCAAAUGUUUCAGGAUAUUUAAUAAACAUAAACAUGCCUGGACAAACCUGAUUCGUUUUGUAAUCUUUGGCAACAAAGUACUGAUGGUUCAUGGUUCUGGAAUCCAUUUCAAGGCAUAUCUGUGAAAGCAAGCUACAGCUGAUGAGCUUCUUAAGAUUGUUGUUUGGUGCCAAGCUUCUCUAAAUGUCAGGUUUAAGACGCACAGGGCUUAAUUUUCCAGGACAGAGCAGCUCAGGACAACUGAUACCUCAAUGUCUGUUUUUUCAGAGGUGUAGAUCAUGUUCUACCAGCCAGACAUGAGAAACAUAUGAAGGUGACUAUUUAAGUCAUAUUUUCAAAGAAAUUGUACAGAGAAAAGACAGACGUCUCUAACUUCAGACAUAGUUGCAUUUUCAAGCCAUGGUGUGAAGAUCAUUUCUGUGUGUAAAUCACUAGCAGGUCAUGUACAGUAAAGUGCCACAAUCCUAUCUUUGACAUUACCAUUCAAAUGUUUAAUAAUUUAUUACAUUACACAUGGCAUCUGGUUAAUUGUUGAGAUGAAUGUGUCAAUGUAAAAAGAUUAUUAUUAUUAUUUUGGG